CCGCCUCGCCGCACGAGAAGGAGCGGGAGGUGGCGGCUUCCCCGACGAACGAGAAGGAGCGGGAGAGGGCAGAGACUCCGGAGUUUUCGGCGACGUUGGGUCUUCCGGCCGGUGCGAAGACGGAGCAUCGUUUGCGGCCGCAACCACGGUUUACGACUUCCACGUUGGCGAUACAGCGUUCCUGUCCCGCCCGCUGGAGAUGCCUGCAGCAGAAGUAUCGUUCCACGAUGAGGACAAACUGGCAGCUCUUUUUGCAUCGGCUGGCAUGAAACAACUCGCCUCACGUCCUGCACAUGUUUCUGGAGGGAACAAGGAUUACAGUCGGUCGGCGGCUCCUGCGUCUAAAAGCUGGAAAAACCGUUGGGGUGACCAAGAUUCGACGGCCAAGAGCGGGACGGACGACCGCCGCUGCUCCACCCAGUCUUCGCGAGGGCGCGGCGUCGGAGAUAGCGGGCGAGGGCAAGCCGUGGGGAACGAGCCUACCAGGUCUUCGCCGGCGAGCCGCCAUCGCCGGAGCAGGAGUCGGAGCGCAGAACGUCAACAGCGCACCAAUCCUUCGUCUAGGCGUGGGCGCAGCUGGAGUGGAGACCGUCGUAGGAGAAACACGCCUUCGUCUAGGCGUAGCCGCAGCCGGAGCCAGAACCGGAGCGGGGGCAAUAGCAGGGCGAUCAGCACUGACAGCAGUCGCGCCGGAAAAGGGGGACGGAGGUCAGGCCACGGUAACAGGCAAGUGAUGAAUGAUCGGGGUGAGCAGAGAAGGAGGGACAUAUUCGAGAGUCGUAACAUGCCGCCUCGCACCACGCGGCGCUCCACGGCGGCGGCUUCGGCGGCUGCUUCUUCUACAACGGCUUCCUCAGCGGCGGCGCCUGCUUCCUCAGCGGCUGCUGCCCCGGCGGCGGCUGCCGCGGCCUCAGCGGCUGCCAGCGCGCCGAUGGGACCGUUUUCCCCGCCUCCGUCUGGGCUUCCUCCCCGGCCCGACCGCCAGACGGCCGCGUUUGUGGACGCGACCACGGCGGCCUACGCUCUGCCGUGCUACACGGCGCUGGUGCCGGGAGCAGGGGCAAUGCUGGACCUUGGGCGGGUUUUCGACCGCAACCGCCUCGGUUGCGAUCAGGGGAGUGUGGAGGAGUUGGCCCACCGUUUGGGUGAGGUGGCUACUCGGCUGCCGCCCCUUCCGGGGGCGGAGGUCUACACGGCGGUUUUGGCACGCGCCAGGAUGGUGGCCACUUCGCGGGCGGGCGACAAGUCAGUUGCCUAUCGCCAGGCCGAGGCGAAAAAGCUCCUGGCCGAGUACAUCGUGGAACUCGCGCUCCGCCAUGGCCGCCUCCUGCAGUCAGAAGGCUGUGUGCUGUUGGAAGCAGUAGAGGACAUCGUUUUGCCUGCCCACCACGGACUUUCAGCGGCGCGGUCCGCGGCGGUAGUGCCAUUUGCGGCUGCUGCCGCCCCAGCCGCCGCCCCGGCGACAUACAUCUCCGAUGCGGAGCUGGCUCAACGGAUGCAAACUCAGAUUGACCUUAGUGGAGGGCCGGGCGACAGCAGUGUGAGGGUGGAGAGCCCGAACGAGAGGGACGACCGCGAGCUGAUCGCUGUGCUGACUCGAGCGCACGAAAAACCAGAGGUGCGUUGCUCAAUAUUCCAUAUCUAA